UUCCCGUCACAGACGUUAUGGCGUGAACACGGUAAUAUAGUUUUCGAAAAGCGACAUACAGACAAUUUUUUAGACGAGUUUGGAGUAUGUGGUAGCUGUCGUGUCGUUUAUCAUAUACUUGCGGGGCGAGAACUUAACCAGUCAUAUUCACCAGCUGUCCAUCAAACUCUUUUGGCAACCUGAAGUUAUGAUGGCGAAUCCAAUGAGUAUCCAGGUGCCCAGCAAGACAUGGGAACUCAGCCUGUAUGAGCUCCACAGGACUCCACAGGAGGCGAUCAUGGAUGGAACAGAGAUUGCAGUGUCUCCCAGAAGUCUCCACAGUGAACUGAUGUGUCCCAUCUGCCUGGACAUGCUGAAGAACACCAUGACAACCAAAGAGUGUCUCCACCGCUUCUGCUCAGAGUGUAUCGUCACUGCACUCAGAUCAGGUAAUAAGGAGUGCCCCACCUGCAGGAAGAAGUUGGUAUCGAAGCGUUCGCUGCGGCGUGAUCCAAACUUUGACGCUCUGAUUUCGAAGAUCUACCCGAGCCGUGAUGAGUACGAGGCCCAUCAGGAUCGGGUUCUGGAGCAGCUCAGUCGCCUUCACAACAAACAGGCCCUGAGCUCCAGCAUCGAGGAGGGACUCAGACAGCAGGCUAAGCAAAAACCCCUGAGAGUCCGGAAGCUUCAGCAGGAGAGCGAUAACACAACCUUCAGCGGCGGAGAAGAAAACGGCGACACACGUUCUCAUGUCUCACAUGACUCCGCCCCUUCCCACCUCACCUCUGCCCACACUAGCCACGCCCCCGAAGCGGGCCCGAGCCGAACCAAGAGGCCCAGGGCGUCUGACGAGUCUGGACCGGAGGCAGACAGAGAGAGCCCCACUCCCCCCCGACGACCCCCUCGCACAGGGCCCGGGUCUGAAAUAGAGCUGGUGUUUCGGCCACACCCCCUACUGGUCAACACACAGCAGUACAGCCAGACUAGAUACGUGAAAACAACAGCCAACGCUACUGUAGAUCACCUGUCCAAAUACCUGGCUUUACGUAUCGCUCUAGAGGAACGACAGAACGAGAUGCAUACUGACAGACCUGCGGAGGGCAAGAGAGAGGGCAGGGAUGAUGCAGGAGGAGCAGGAGGAGCAGGUAGCCUACAGGACGUCAGUGAGAAGGAGUACACUAUCUACAUCACUGCACCAGGAGGCCAGUUCACUACACUGAAUGGAUCUCUGACUCUGGAACUGGUGAAUGAGAAGUACUGGAAAGUGAGAAAACCACUGGAGCUUUAUUACGCUCCCACCAAGGACCAGCAACAACAACAACAACAGCAGCAGGAGGCCCCACGGCCGUCGUCACAGUGA